AUGCCUCAAAUUCGCAACCCCAUCCUCCCAGGGUUCAACCCUGACCCCUCAAUCCUCCGCGUAGGAAAGGACUACUAUAUCGCAACCUCAACAUUCGAAUGGUAUCCCGGCGUGCAAAUCCACCACUCCACCGACCUCGCAAAUUGGAGUCUACUCACGCGUCCCUUGACCCGAAAAGCUCAAUUGGAUAUGCGUGGGGACCCUGACAGUUGCGGCGUCUGGGCGCCAUGUCUCACUCAUGACGGCGAGCAAUUCUGGCUAGUAUACACAGAUGUAAAACGCAAAGACGGAUCAUUUAAAGAUACACAUAAUUAUAUCGUUACGGCGCCGAAGAUUGAGGGGCCCUGGUCGGAUCCUGUGUAUGUUAAUUCUUCGGGGUUCGAUCCCUCGUUAUUCCACGAUGAGGAUGGGAAGAAGUGGUUUGUGAAUAUGCAUCAGGAUCAUCGACGGCGACCGAGGAGUUUCGCAGGAAUUGUGUUGCAGGAAUUUGAUGCAAAGGCUGGGAAACUGGUUGGGCCUAGGAAGAACAUUUUUCUUGGGACGGAGCUGGAUUUGGUGGAGGGUCCGCAUUUGUAUAAGAGGAAUGGCUGGUAUUAUCUCCUUACUGCUGAGGGAGGAACUGCGUAUGAGCAUGCUUGCACGCUGGCGCGCUCGAAGGAUAUUUGGGGUCCGUAUGAGUUACAUCCUCAGAAGCAUGUUUUGAGUUCGAAGGAUGCGCCGUUUGCGGCGCUUCAGAGGGCUGGGCAUGGUGAUAUUGUGGAUACGCCUGAAGGAGCUACGUAUUUGGUUCAUUUGUCUGGUCGUCCCAUGACACAAGUCCGUCGAUGCGUUCUUGGUCGUGAAACUGCGAUCCAAGAAGCAUUUUGGGGAGAUGACGAUUGGCUAUACGUCAAAAAUGGUCCUGUUCCGUCACUUCACGUUGAAGUGCCGGGUGUGAGAAAUGAAGACAAAUAUUGGGAGGAGCAGCGGUAUGAGUUUGUGGAUAAACUCCCACUGGACUUUCAAUGGUUACGAACUCCGGAACCAGAACGGAUUUUCACCAUCGAAGACAAGAAGCUCAAACUUUUAGGUCGUGAAUCAGUUGGAUCGUGGUUCGAGCAGUCUUUGGUGGCACGAAGACAGCAACAUUUUUCAUAUGACGCGGAGACUGUUAUUGAUUUCUCACCAACAGACGAGAGACAAUUCGCUGGAUUGACGGCUUAUUAUUGUCGAUUCAAUUUCUUCUAUCUCACAGUAACAGCUCAUUCAGAUGGUAAGCGGGAGCUACUCAUCAUGAGCUCAGAGGCUUCUCAUCCGGAAGGUCGCCUUCAAAUGCCACUGGCGGAUCCUGUCUCAAUUCCCGACGAGGGGAAAGUCAAGCUUGCUAUCGAAAUCCGGGGUCCGGCAUUACAGUUCUUCUAUGCUCUAGAGGGAGAGGAGUUGAAAAAAAUUGGACCGGUGUAUGAUGCGACUAUUCUUUCUGACGAGUGUGGGGGUCAUCUAGCGCAUGGAAGCUUUACUGGUGCUUUUGUGGGAAUGGCGUGUUCGGAUUUGAAUGGGACGGUUCUGCCGGCGACGUUUGAUUAUUUUGUGUACAAGCCUGUAAAACACGAGAGUGAUCGGUAUGAGAUAUAG